CUUACUUUGCCUCUGGUAAUCAUUGUUGUCAGCUGCUUUAUGAGCACCGGCCAAUGAGAAUGCAGUAUCCUGACGCAGGCUUGGUUUCGAGGUGCUCGGGCUGGUGCAAAACAGGACGAACUGCAGAAAAAAAGCAAGACCAAAAAAACUGAAUAUGCAACGACUGGGCAUCGCUUUACUGUCCAGUCUGCUUGGUCUGAGCGUAUCGGUACAUCAUGAGAAGCCCGUCAAACGAAUACCGUGCCAAGCAAACGUUGAACCCGGUCUGCAGUACCGGAAAAUCAGCUGGUACAAGGUGAAAGAGGAAUCUGAUGGAUUAAUUGGUCUUGUGAUCAAAGACUUACAUACCCACGAGACAGUCCUCUAUAAAUUUGCUAAUCAGUCCUAUGAAGUAGGAGAUGAUUAUUCUCUGGUGCUCCCAGAGUUCAGUGAGAAGGACUGUGGGCAUUACCGCUGCACUCUGUGGCCUCCACUGGGGCAUUACAUCCAGGAUGGAGACUUUGAGUUCUAUCAGUUUGGAUGUUCCAAACCUCCGCAGCAGAGUAAAACAGUCACAGGUGAGAAGACCUGGCCAAGUGUGAAUAAUAUUCCUCUGUUCCUAAUAAUCUCAGGCAUCCUUGCCUUUGCUAAUGUGGCGAUUAUUUACCUUAGCUGGAAAAGGAUAAAAUGGAACAAAAAGGCAAAGCAAGUGUAUUUUUGUGAUUCAUUUAAAAGAGAUUCAGUCAACUGCAGUGAAGAUAUUUCAAAAUCUUGCUCAGUGUAAUGAUGCUGGAGGUACUCUGCUGAAGUUUCUGUCUUCAUUAAAGACCUUUCGUUUCCUGUGUAGCAUAUAUAUAAAAACUAGGCAGUUACUGACACAAAAGCCACACUUUCUAUUACUGUUCUAUACAUGGAACUUCUUUAAUGGAAAAAAAUUCUUUAGUUGUUUCAUAACUUAACAAAUCAUGGAAUGUCUUACAAGAGCACUUUGCUAUUAAAAGAAUAUGUGGUUCUC